AUGGUCAAGCAACCGCUUUCUAUGCAAUAUAUAGAUCGGAAAGUCUUAAUGGAUUUCCUUGAUGCACUAUUUGGGUCACGCUAUGAAGUUGAGAAAGACAUUCAUAAUCUACUAAAGCCUGAGAUCGUACAGGGUGUCCUCGAGGACCAAGGGAUUGAAAAAGAGCAAUUGCAAGGUCUAGCAGACAAUAUCGUCAAAGGAAAGCGUGCCAUCUUCAGCAUCCUCGUCUGCAUUCGUGAGGUCCCUUCAAUAUGCAAAUUUGUGGAGGGUGAUCGGUUCGAUGAUCAGGACCAGAAACUUCCAUACGACUUAGAGGACCUACAUCCGAUAUUCAGCACCUCAUUAUCAAAGGAAUUCUACGAUCAGCAAUGGGAGUUUAUCGCUCCAAUUUUUUCAAAGAAUACGCUUCCUAGGGUGCUUGAUAAACAGAUUAUACUUCCUUUCAAGAAGGAGGAGGGUCCUAUCAGUUGUGGUGGUUUCGGGGACAUAUACAAAAUCCAGCUACACGACUCUCAGCAAUGUUUCUUCGAUGCUCCAGAGCAAUGGUGCGUCAGAAAAGAGUUUCAUCCCCUCACAACUAAAGAAAGCGAUUAUAAGAUCGAGCUCCGCAAUCUGUCAAUGCUCAAUUCCCUCAGACACUCGAAUAUCAUCGAGGUCCUCAGUGCUUAUACGUACAAGGGAAAGCACAACCUUAUAUUCCCAGCCCUGAGUGGUGACCUUUCGACCUUGCUUGAGUGCGAAAGGAGGCACGAAUUCACAGCUGAUAAGACAUUUGUGACCGCACUGGCUAAGCUGGCCUCCGCUAUUGAGGAGGUCCAUGAUUUCACAUCGCGAACGAUCGAUCUCCGACAGAUUGGAUGUCAUCAUGAUUUGCGCCCUAAAAAUAUCCUUGUAGAGGGUACAAACUUUGUCUUAGCGGAUUUCGGCCUCUCAAGAUUCAAGGAUACGUCGCAAACCUCAAAUACAAUGUACCAGAAAGGACUAGGAGAUUAUCUUGCCCCUGAAUGCCAAGACUUGGAUGGAGAGUUCACAAAACACAACAUUCGUCGAUCGAGUGAUAUCUGGUCGUUUGGCUGCAUCAUCUCAGAGAUUCUCACCUUCAUAAUAAGAGGGCCUGAUGGGGUUGAGAAAUUCUGGGAGCUGAGAGGAUUCAAAACCGGCAAGGCUAUUUUUCAUCUCUUCCACAAAGGGCCACAUAGCCCAAGUGACGAAGUGCACUCUUGGCUCAAAAAACUUACAAGUAGAAGUGCAAAGCCUGAGCUUUUAUUGGUUCAGCUUAUUGAAGCGAUGCUCUCUAUUGAGCCAGAUCUUCGCCCUAGUGCAAUGGCUGUGACAGCCCGGCUUUGCCUCAUUGCAUUAUAUUACACGGCGCAAGACGUCGAUAAAGCGUAUGGUGAGCUAUUCGAACAGGCGCAGCAUACAAACGGCAUGGUCGACGUCUUCAUCGAACGAGCUCGUUACACUAGCUGGAAGCAAGCUUGUGGUAUAUCCGACACUGAUGAUCUUGGCCACGUCAAUCAAGGCUUCACCUUGCAUCUCGAUAGUGCGCUAGAUCUACUGGAAAGGGUGAAGCGUGAAAUUGAUCUCAUUCUUCCUUUAGCGGGUGACAUACAGCCGAUACUUUUUCUGCCAAUUCGACAUCUAAACAAUCGUCUCUUGAACUUUCUACCGGUGGCAUUACAAGAGAGUGCUAGAGAUUUUCUCGAAAGCAAUAUCUUAACCAUGACGAAUGACCCUAAUGCUCUCAAGGAAGCCAAUUUGAGAUUCGAGGAUGACCCAAUGAACAAGAAUAUCAGCGCCCUGACAUCAAUUAAACGCAUGAGUCUUCUUGUCGACAGCCAAAAACUUGAGACCGAUGACACGAUGUGUAUCAACCGAACCCAAGUCAAAAUUGGGGAUGGAGUCGCGGACUUCAAUCUUGGCGAGUUCAACGAACCUACAGACCACCAAAACCGGUUCAUUUCAAUCGAAUGGCUCCGCUACAAUACCGAUGUUAUGAGCAAGGAGGAGGGCCUAGCCAGGCUCUCACGCUUAUCCGCGAUCGCACAACUCAUGAACUCUGCGAACCUGUCCCCACGCCUUCGCACUCUACACUGCUCAGCAUAUUUUCACGACCCGAAAAAUCUUCGCUUCGGUCUUGUCUUCGACCUCCCGCAAGUAGAUCCGUCACCAUCGUCAUUGAAAAACCCACUAUCCACCACGCCUAUCACAAAGCCACAAAUCUUCACACUCCACCAGAUAAUUGAAAGUACUCCCCCAUCUUUCCGCUAUCCUCUUCUCGGCGACAAAUUCAAGCUCGCCCACGCUCUUGCUCUCGCAAUCUCUGAAUUUCAUAAAGUAAAUUGGCUUCACAAAUCCAUCUCCUCCUUCCACACCAUUUUCCUCCCACCGCGUUCAAAACACCCCAAUCCCGCGGUCCAGAAUUUGACCGCACCCUACCUAAUUGCACAGAACCACUCUCGCCCAGAAGAUGCAAAGGAAUGGACGUUCGGCCCCACCGACACAGCGGAUAGCGCAUACCUCGACUACCAACACCCCGCUUAUUUAAGUCGCCCGCAGAACCGCUACAGGAAAGAAUACGACUAUUACAGCUUAGGGCUCGUCCUCCUGGAGAUCGGGUUGUGGGAGAGAUUGAGUUCUAUGAUUGAUGAAUGGAAAGGCAUUGCGCCCGGUGGGGUAAGAGAACGGUUGAUCAAGGAGAAGGUGCCGAAAUUGGGAAGGGCGAUGGGUUGGAGAUAUCAAAGGGCUGUUGAGAGGUGCUUGAAGGGGGAUGUCGAGGUUGUUGAGGAAGGAGAAGAAGAGGAGAGGGGAACAAGAGGAGGGAAAGGGACGUUUGAAGAGGUGGUAGUAAGAAGAUUGGGGGACUGCACGGCUUGA